AUGCAACGAGUAACAGACUUUUCUAUGAAAGCAAGUGAUUUGGAUUCUAAUCCAACGCUAAAUUCUGAUUUAAUUGUCAGUGAACCGUUGGAGCCAGUGCUAGAUCAUAUAGAAGCAGCCGUUCAAUUAAAUACAGAGGAAAUGGAUGAAGAUACAAAAAAAUCACAAUCAUAUGCCCCAAAUAGGAGAUUCAACUAUGGGUAUAUAAAAUAUGUUAGUUUAGUGGUGUUAACAUUGCAAAAUGCAGCACUUGGACUUAGUAUGCGUUAUGGUCGCACUCGAAAAGAUGUAGAAAUGUUCUCACCCGCAGCAGCUGUUUUAAUGGCAGAAGUAUUUAAAUUAGUUAUAUGUGUUUGCCUUGUGAUACAAGAAUCUGGUGGUUUUAAUCGUGGAUUAAAGUCCAUGUAUACUAUAGUCAUAUUGAAUAUUCGAGACACAUUACGAGUUGGGGUGCCAUCCUUUUUGUACAUUAUACAAAACAAUUUACUUUAUGUGUCAGCAUCUAACUUGGAUGCAGCUACUUAUCAAGUGACAUAUCAAUUAAAGUUAUUAACUACCGCAUUUUUUGCGGUGCUUGUAUUGAAAAAGAUACUUAAAAAGUGGCAAUGGUGUGCUUUAGCAUUGUUAGCAGCUGGAGUAGCACUGGUUCAAUUAGCUAAUAGUACAGAAGCUUCAAAUGCUUCACAAGCUGGCCAGUCCAAAUUAUUAGGAUUUAGUGCAGCUCUCGGCGCAUGCUUUAUUUCUGGUUUUGCUGGCAUCUAUUUUGAAAAAGUUCUUAAAGAAUCUGACAUAUCUGUUUGGAUGAGAAAUGUUCAGCUGAGUUUACUUUCAUUACCAUUUGGAGCUAUCACAUAUCUAGUAAAUGAAGGAGUUCACAGUAAUUUGCUAAAAGGCUUUGAUGGCUUUGUUUGGUAUCUAGUUCUAUUACAAGCAGGAGGUGGCCUUAUCGUGGCUGUUGUUGUGAAGUACGCAGAUAAUAUAUUGAAAGGUUUCGCGACAUCUGUUGCCAUUGUAAUAUCCUGUAUAGUGUCGAUGUACCUAUUUGAUUUCAAACUGACUAUUCAGUUUACAAUUGGUACAGCAUUUGUAAUUGGCUCAAUAUUUUUAUAUGGUUAUGUACCCAAGAAACCUGAAACACGGAACCAGCUAAAUGUAUGA